GCCUUUACUCCUGUCUUUCUCAUUCUCUGCUGUCUCUCUGCUUUUGCAAUUAAUAAUUUCACACCAUUUCCUUCUUCUUCCACACAAAAACACCUCAUUUGACUCUUUUUUCUAUCACUUUUAUGUCUUUCUGCUAUCAUUCUCACAACUUCAACAAAGGUGCUGAAAUCAAUGUACUUCUACUUCUACUACUCCAUCUUCACCUUAAUUUUUCCACUUUUGAACCAUCAUUCAUAUCCUUGUUUUCUUCUAUUCAACAUAGUACAUAACAUAACAUGUUCAUUCAUGUCUUAAACUCAUUUUCUUCUCAAUGUAUUAAAACUUUCACUAACUUGAAGAGUGUCAUAAACAUUUUCAUUCAUUUGACAUGAUCACUUUUUUUUUUUUACACUUGAUCUUAUCUUAUAUAUUGUUAUUAUUAUUUUUUGUUUUUUUCUUUGAUUUUGAUCCUUAUCUUAUUUAAUAUUUUUGUCACUCAUUUAUUAUUGUACUAUUACAAAUUUGUUGUUUUCUUUUUCUUGUUAGUUAGUAUGAUCAUUACGUAACAUAUACUUGAUUGAUCUUACAAAUGCUCUUUGUCUCACACCUCUUUCAUUCUCAGUUCAUCAUAUCAUAUCACAACUUUUCUGUCUUUUUUCUUCUUUUGAUUUUUUCACUUUCUCUCUUCUCUAGUUCUCAUGAAUUAUCAUUAUUUUUUGCUACCUUCUUGCUUACAAAAAAUAAGUGCUUAAAAAAGUUUUCAUUUGAUAUUGGAUUCCAUAAAGAUCUAUAGUUUUAUGUUCUGACUUUGUUUUCUUCAAUGUUUUACUGCACAGUUACCGGAUUUGAUUUAAUUUAAUUAACUCAAACUCUUGAUUUCGAUGAGGUCAAUGUGAAUUCUAGGGAAAGACAAAUAAUCAGACAAAUUUUUAGUAUAUUCUAUUUCAUGUUCACAUGUUAAGAUUUUUAUAUUUCAUAUAAUUGAGUCUUUUAUUAUCUUGUAUUAUUAGUUUACAUUUUAACAAAGGCUUGAUUCUUGCAGAUCAUAUAUAUUAAAUAUUAAAUUCAUCUGUCUUUUUCUUGUUCAGCCGGUUUCGUUAUCCAUUUAUAUAGCAUCCGGCAAAUUGCGCAUUUGACCGACUAAAAAAGAUGCUAGUAGUUUCCAACAGCAACAAGGUGGUGUGAAUUGUCUAAUAGUUUUUGUAGUGAGAGGAUCUUUGCAAAUUUGGAAUCAGGAUUGUUUACUCAAUUGACUAAACUUGGAAUCUCAGAGUUUCAACUGAGAUCUAUAGUACAAAAAAUAAGGAAGAAGAUAGCAUGAUAUUCAUCUAGUGUGUUCUUAUUCAUUCUGGAACUGAGAAAAUGGGGUGCUGUUUAUCGACAAGUAGUAGAAGUACUGAUGACGCGGGGUCUUCGUCUUGUCUAGAAAUCGGAUUGUGUGGUCAAAAGAAAGGGAGGAGAACAUUCUCUGAUCAUGUUGUCUCUUUGCAAAAGUUAACUUCCUUACCAAACAGAAUAUUCAGUAACGGGAAGAGCCGGUCUUCUUGUAUAUUUACACAGCAAGGUCGAAAGGGUGUUAAUCAGGAUGCCAUGAUUGUAUGGGAAGAUUUCGUAGCAGAAGAUGCGAUCUUUUGUGGUGUAUUUGAUGGCCAUGGUCCGUAUGGUCACCUUGUCGCGCGCAAAGUUAGGGAUGCCUUACCGAUAAAAUUGCUUUCAUUUUUGGAUUCAUCUGAGUCAAGACGAAGUAAAGCUAGUUUCAAAAAGGAAAUAAAGCCGGAAAGUGGAGAGGCGGAGAACGAUUUCUCUGCUGAGGAGGAGAUGAGUACUAUGUGGAGAGAAGCUUUCAUGAAGGCAUACAAAGCUAUGGAUAAAGAGCUGAAGUCCCAUGCAAAUUUGGAUUGUUUCUGUAGUGGAAGUACAUCUGUGACUAUAGUGAAACAGGGUUCAAAUUUGUUCAUGGGAAAUAUUGGUGAUUCAAGAGCAAUCAUGGGAUCUAAGGAUAGCAAUGACUCGAUGGUGGCGAUUCAGCUGACCGUUGAUUUGAAACCUGAUUUGCCAAGAGAAGCAGAAAGAAUUAAGAAGUGCAAAGGUAGGGUAUUUGCAUUGGAAGAUGAACCAGAAGUUCCUAGGGUGUGGUUACCUUAUGAUGAUGCACCAGGAUUAGCAAUGGCUAGAGCAUUCGGAGAUUUUUGCUUGAAGGAGUAUGGUGUCAUUUCUAUACCUGAAUUUACGCACCGGCUUCUCACAGACAAAGACCAGUUCAUUGUUCUUGCCUCGGACGGGAUCUGGGAUGUUUUGAGCAAUGAAGAGGUGGUGGAGAUAGUAUCAUCAGCACCGAAUCGAUCAUCAGCAGCGAGGGUUAUAGUGGAAUCUGCCGCACGAGAGUGGAAACAUAAAUAUCCGACUUCAAAAAUGGACGACUGUGCUGUUGUGUGCCUAUUUUUGGAUGGGAAAAUCAACUCAGAAGAAUCUGAUUGUGAUGAACAAUGCUAUUCUUCCGCAACCAUCCAGAAUAACAACGAUUUGAGUAAUCCAGUUGAGUUGGACGAAGGUCAAAAGUCCGAGCCAUCUUUGCGAAGGAACUACACUGUUAGAUCCUCAGAAGAAAUUGAGAAAUGUGUAGGAGGAGAAUCUGUUGAUGUUGAAGAUGGAACAUCAACAGCUGAAGAUCAAAACUGGUUAGCUCUAGAAGGUGUCACCCGAGUAAACUCACUGGUACAACUUCCUAGAUUUUCUGAAGAAAAGCCUAACUCUUGAAAUCUGUUUAUUCAGUUCGAACUCUUUGUUGUAAUGCCUAUAUCAACACAAUGAAUUCAUGAAGGAUUAUUUUUUUAUUUGGUUAA